AGCAUUAACAUAAAUGCAUAGGUAAGAAUGGGCUAGGGAUCAUUAGAUGAGCUGCCUACAAGGCACAGUCAAAAUUCAAAUACUUCCAAUUUAAAAAUAUGGUAUUUAACAUAUUGUUGUACCGUACAGUGAAGUUUCAUAAUGUCAUACAUUGUAAUGUAUAGCUAUUAAAACGUAUAUGCCUGGUUGUUAUUUGUUUCAUAGUGUUAGUCCAGUUCCAAGGUACAAGGGACAUGUGUGUCCCACAAAUAAAAUGAUGCCAACAUUAUUAUUUUGCAAUGAGGUGCACGAAACUGGUUUCACACAAAGUCCAAGCAAAACCAGACAAUCACUUUACUUUCAUCCUCUCCGCAUUGACCUUACUUUUAAGUGUUCUCGGGUAGUUUAAUAUUAGACACAUGAAAUAAAACGAAAUAAAUACCUGCCCUGACACAAACACAAUUACAAACGUGUAUCACUCCGAAGAGUAUAUCUCUUUGAAAGAUUAUCCGAAUGAAUUACCGGUACAUAUCUUACCUUAAUAAACACCCAAAGACACAAAAAAGACAAUUUAACAGAAAAAAAAGUGCCUUCUUUUUGGACACAACACCAAAGCAGAAAGACAACACAGGCCGCAUUUGACCGAACAUUCUUUCUGAAGAAAUCAGCUGAAAAAAAAGAGUACUCGAGAGCAGAGAGAGCCGGUUAGGAAAAACACAGUUCACCUGUGACAACCGUAUUCUGUUUUUUAUUUUAAAUUGUUUUGAUUAAACCUGGUUACUGAAUCCUUAACGUUGUAAAAUAAAAAUAAAAAAAUAAAUAAAAAAAUUCAUAACAAAAAAUUGUUUGUAAUGCCAUGUCGCAGUUGGAUCCCGCCUUACUAUCUGGAGGGUUAGGACCGUCUAAUCCCCCAAUUUUGGACGAGAGACUGCCCGUCUCUAGCUUAUCUCUGCUUAUACUUUUACUGAUACCUUGUGUUGUUCUGCUGCUACUUUUCAACUGCGUGAUACUGGGAUACAAACUUCUCUCUUGGAAGAAGAAACGGAGGAGAAGGCGGCGGCUGAGGGAACAACCGAGUUUUUUCUCGCCUUCAACCGAAUUCAGUACACUGAGCAGAACCCCCAAACUUUCGGAGGAACCAUCGUUUGCUAACAAUGCGGGCCCGGGUCCGAGGCCGGGUCGCAUACGCCCGGCUUCUUCCGCUCACAGCUCGGGAGAGAAUCGGGGCGAACCUGGACCGAGGGGUAGAGCUUACAAACCAGACGGGACCGCAGGAGAAGGGUCUGGCUCAUUGAGGCCACCCAGCACCAUACUAGCCGUCCUGUCAACUACAGCGUCUACAACAAGAGCCGAGUUGCCUCGCAGGACUCAGGUUCAUACCAACAGCUCAUCGGACUGGCGAGCGGGUGUUCAUCAGAUAGUACCUUUCUCGAGCGAUUCAGAAACAGAACGACCUCACCCCGUCCCUCCAAACUCGCCGGAGAUCACUGUGCAACGGGGUUUGCCAGGUACCAGGCAGAUGCACCGCAGCAGCACCAUGCGGCUGCACAAUGAACGGCACAUCCGCAUCAUGAGCCCCCCGGUGGACUCGGUCCGGUUCGAGUGUGCCAGCAGCAUCCCUCGCGAGGAGAAUGGCUUCGUCCACUCGGGCAACUCCUCCACCCUGGGGCCAGGGCUGGACAGUGACUUCGGGGCCAGUGCAGGCAUCUCCCUGCGCAUCCUGUCCUCAGACAGUGAGAGCUGCUCCAGUGUUCUCUGGGCCUCCGGGCUGGAAUGGGAUUACUAUGACCCCGGAUACAAUAGACGGAAGCAGAUGCGCAAACACAUGGAACAACUGCCGGUGCUCUGCUCCAGACAGUACUGGGUUUAACCGCUGUGUUAAUAGAACACUCUCAUCCUGCACUGCACUGAACACUGGGUGAAUGCACAGUGGAGAGCAGCGAUCCUGCAUCUCGCACACACGCGCACCCACACACACACACACACGCUGGACCUCUAGGGUUCCCUACAGCUGGGAUGGAGACUCGACACACAGUCGGAUUGUCCUAUUGAUCAAAGUGUCACCUGCAUCAUCUUUCUGUCGAUAUCUUAAUCACUUAUUCAGAAGCUAAAUACAAAAAAUAAAAAUCACAGUUACUUUUUUUGGUUUGUUUUUUGAAUUUUAGAUUUUUUUUUUUUUUUUUUUACAGGAGUACACCCCAGAAAAAAAAGAUAAAAUAUCACGAAAAUUAAUGGCAAAAAAAUUGUAAUGUACACUAAUUGGCCACACACAAUCUAUUUGUGGUUCAUUCACUUUUUUUCAUUGUUCAGUUCUCAAAUUAUGUUUUUUUUUGUUUUUUGUUUUUUUAAGAUAUACACACACACAGAAAAUACAUAAAAAAAAAUAAUAGUUCACUUAAAAUGUCUAAAGAAAAUAUAUUUGUAAUGCACACGAAUGAUCCAUACAAAAUGUGUUUGUAGUUUAUAAUUUUAAAUUAUUUCACCUCUGGAAAAGGACAGAUUAAAUUCACUGUUUUUUUUUUAAUGGAUGUAUUUUGUAGUGAACGCUUCGCUUCAGAGGGGUUUAAUUUGGUGCUCCCUCACUCAGGUAAUUUUUUUGUUUGUCUUCCCACCCCCUCCCCCCCAUUCUGAUUAAGAAAAUUCUUUGGUCUGAGGUGUUUUCUUAUUAAUAAAUGCACUUUUUGCACUACUGGUGUUGUUUUGGCACUCAUAAUACGAAAAAAAAAAAAGUACAAAAAAAACCAGCGCAGCAUGUAAUCCAGUUAUUUGUAAAUAUGUAUUUUAAAGAGUAUAUUUUAAUUACCGGUAUAUGUAAUAAUGUAUAAUCAGAAUAAAAAAGAUUUGUUUUAUCAUAUAAAUAAA